AUGAUUGAAGCCGUGAGAAGGUCGGCAGUGCUUUACCACUAUCCUUGCCCCGACGGAGCUUUCGCAGCCCUAGCUGCGCACCUUUACUUCUCGGCGCUGUCUCUGCCUGUCGUCUUUAUCCCCAACACUGUCUACGAUCCCGUCAGGUUUUGGUUCAUCAACUCUUCUCUCGCAGUCAGUGCACCUUUGGGUUUCGAAGUCCCCGAUCUGGAAAACAGAGCGCAGGGGCGAUUACCGCGCGUUUUAACUCAUGCUAUCAACAACUGAAAGUUUGGCUCCGUACGCGUAUCAUUAUGGUGCCUUUUGUUGAGGACUCGUAUUCUGGAGAGCAGUCGGGAGGGUAGCUGCCAUACUCGAAUGUGCUCGUCUUCUAUUUUUUGAUCCUAUAAUUUGUUUUGCCUAUGUUACGAUCUACUGAUACUGAGCGAGCCAUCAGAGUUUGCGUGUUCAUGUUGGAUUAUCUUUCGUUGCAGGGUAGAGAACAUUCCUUCUGAAGAAUUCGAGGAUGUGUACCUUCUGGACUUCGCCGGGCCUCCGGGAUUUGUUAAAAAAACGUCUUCAAAGGCUAAAAGGUAUGUCAAUAUUUCUUUCCAAUCUUGUGGAAUUAAAUCAAAAUUUAUUAUUCAGUAUGCCGUUUGCAAUAAUGUCUGUUAAGAGGCCCAGAUGUGUUGCAGUAAUGAGGUAUGGGGCUAAUAUUUUCGGCUGAUGCCCGUGCUUCCAAACCUGCUCUCAUUCCAUCUCCGGCCCUCCUAUUGAUCUUUGCCAUGUCCGCCAUUGGGCCAGACCGAACCCAUCCAGAGUGAAUUGACUCAGGGAAGAUUAAGCCCCUAAAAGCCCAGACGGGUCGGGCUCUUCUGGUUCUGAAUACCACGCUGGGAAUUGUCUGGCUGUUUUCUUUCCCACAAUGCAUGAAGAAUUCUAGACUUUUUCACUGUUCUGUAGCUUUUUUUUUAACUAGUAACUUAAGCAAUGAAUUAUGGUCCUGAUCAUCUUUCCAGGAAGAAUGAUGACUAAUACAUUUUCCCUGUUUUUUUCCUUUCAGUGUAAUCAUUUUAGAUCAUCACAAAACUGCGCUGGAGGAACUUUCCAGAAGUGAUCAGCAGUCAAGUAACGUUACAAAGGUCAUAGACCUGAAAAGGAGUGGCGCUACCAUCGCUUAUGAUUUCUUUAGGGACAGGCUUGUAAAGAGAUCCAAGUCUUUAGGGCAUGCUGUGACGGAUGGUAAUGCUUGGCCACUCGGCAGAUUGGCCAGCAAAAAUGAGGUAGAGAGAGUCAGCCGGCUCUUUAAACUCGUCGAAGAUGGGGAUCUGUGGAGGUGGACUAUUCGACAUAGCAAGGCUUUCUACUGGGGCCUGAAGGACAUGAAUAUAGAAUAUAACGUCGAUCUGAACCCAUCCCUCUUUGAUCAGGUAAGAGAUUCUGUGUAGAAUCUGUUUCAAACUUGGAACAAUCUUUGCCACGUUUAAACUUAUUGGCUGUCGAAUUAGAAUGCCCAUCUUCUGUGGGUGAGCUAUUGCUUACUCAAAUAGUGAGCAGUCUGGUCAGAGAUACAAGGCUCAUGAUCAUCACUGUGACGAUCUCUGAUUCAAACCAUUCCUUCUUGUUCACUCGGUAAAGGAUUUGUUCAUGGAAUGGCAUCUUGCUUUCCCCAAGGGGUAAUAGAGAAUAUACUAUUCAGCUGAAAUACUCGUGCAUGCUUCCUCUUCUUAGAGAUUGUUUUUUUCAAAGAAAGUUGUUCUCCUUUAAUAUUAACAACUGAGGAGGAGGUUGGGGGGGGAUGUAAGCCCUUCAAGUCUGUUUUGAUCUGUCGAUGCGGGAUCUUUCCCUCCUGGAUGAUCGGAUGAGGCCAGAAUAAUUACAUGAUUUAUGGUGAGCCAUGAAGAUAUUGGAUAAGUAAUGAAUCGACAAGAACAAAUACCAAGUAUUAAUUAAUUGUCGGCGUUUACCCCUUGUGGUUGGUGAUGAAUUAACGUAGAACAUUAAUCCUGCACUUCUGAAGGGUAGAAAACUAUGCCGACAUUACCCAUAGAGCGGUGUUAUUGAUAUUCCGUCAUGGACUCAUUCUGGGCAGUUGACUGAUGCACCCUAGACGAUGGAUUCGAUCACUUUUCUUCAUUCCGCUACUUUCCCUUGUUCAUGGGACGUGGGUGGAGGAGGAGGAGGCUCCUUCUUCUGUCCAUCUUGACCCUUCAUCCUCCUGUACUUGUUGUAGAUAUAUACCGAGGAUGUAGCCUAUGAAAUGAGAGCUACUCUGGCAGCUGUUCUGCAGAACAGCGUUGUAUAAGUGACCACUUAUGUUCCAAGCUUGGCUGCAUAUUUCGGCUUCUGUAAUUUAUUCAUUUAUCAUUUAUGGAAUAAAGUCUGCUCUUCCUGCUAUGUAACCUCGUGAAGUAAUUUAAAAUCAUACAGCUUCUUGCUUUAGACCCAGAUUUCGUCAUUGACCACGGCAAAGAGACGAUGCUCUGUAAGCAAAAGUUAAUACAGGAGGCUGUUGACCAGUCAUACGGAAUAGUUCUUGGCGGUGGAUUAUUUGGCCGCUGCUUGGUAUGCAUGCACACCAACCAACCCCCCUCCCUCUCUCUCUCUCUCUCUCUCUCUCUCUCUCUCUCCUGGAUUGCCUUGAAUCCUCUAUCUCUUCUGGUGGGGGAUUUUUUCGGAGCUACCGCUGUACAUGAAUCCCCAAUUUAUUUUGUAUUUUUUUUUAUGGUUUACCCAUUAAUUGUUUAAAUUAGGUUCUUAACUGAGAUGCCCACUUGGGUUUUCCGCCCAGGCUGUCAAUGUCGAUGCCAUCUCGGAUCUAAGGAGUGAUAUUGGGAACCAAUUAGCUGAGAAGAGUCAAAGCCUCGGAUUGAGGUUCUCUCUCUGCUCUUCUCUGGUCACUUUCAUUCCUGAAUCAUUCAUCUCCCCCAUGCUUAUUACCCUCUUUUGUUCUGAAUCCAGGGGCAUUGGUGCUGUUGUCUACAAGGUGUCCGAACUUGGAAAUGAUCAGCUGCUGAAGGUGAGCCUGAGGAGCGUAGGCCCAGAGGACACAACGCCCAUCUCUCAGGUACCUUUGAUUGGGAGCCCUUGGGAUACGCCACCCACACUCAUCUCCACCUCAGAGCUAAUAUCUCACAGUAAUAUCAGUAUGGGACUAUUUAUUCUUUGCGCCUUCCUUGUGCUCUUGGGCAGGCCCAUGGAGGAGGAGGGCAUCGUAAUGCGAGUUCCUUCAUGGUGGAUUCCUCAGAGUUUGAGAAGUGGAAGGUCACCGCUGGAGCAGAUUAA